ACUUCCAAUGAUUUAAGGAAGGAUGUAAUGAUGGGCAAAGUCCAUUCUCAAUUUCUGCAUUUUGUUCGCAUGUGUGCAUUUAGCAGUGCUUUCCCUCUGCUUUGCCUCGUGCUUUCUGCAGGCAUCGAUACUUGGACAAGGGAAGCAUGAAGCCAUAUGAGCUAAAUUUAAUAGCAGUUUCCACUUGGUGCUUUCCAGCUCAGCAUGGGAAACAAGGCACUGGAGAAUCAAAAAAAGCCAGACGGGUUACUUCCAUGUGGAGGCAGUUACCUCUCCAUAUGGACAAGGAGACGGGGACUGGGGAAGCCCGCAAGUCACUCAAGGGCAAUCUUGAAGCCCUGGAUCUGUGUCUUUGAUGUGCCUCUUUUUUUCUUUAUCUUUUUUUGCCUCUAAUUCUAUUGAUUUGUUUCUCAGUUCCUGCAGAACAAUAUUGUAGGGUGUCAGCUUAGUUUAAUAGGUGCUGUACAACAGAGGUGUGCAGCAGCCAGAUGCAGAUGCUUCAGUGAUGUCCUGGAGGAGAUGCUACAGGAGUCCUCCCAGUCCCAAGGACCUCGGAGCUGUGAAGUUUUAACACAGCCUGAUUUAAUCCCGAGUAGCAAUUAAGCAACAAGCACAACUGUUGCCAUGUUGCCAGGGGAAGUUAAUGAGUUUUCAGAGGCAAACCAAUAAAACUGAAAAAAAAAAAAAGUGCACAGAAGGAGGCAUACACAUCUCUCUGGGGUUUGGUCCAGUUAGAGCAGCAGGUCAGCGAUGCCUCUGUGGUGGUUUGUGUGUCAAGUUUGUAUCCGCUGGUUGUCAGGUCCAGCCUUAAUGCUUGCCACAGAUGGCUGAGCAGCAUCCUUGUGACUCCUGUCAGUUCAGGAAGCGUGUGGAGCUGCAAGGGAGGAUCACUGCUUGAAGACUGUCCCAGGCAUCUGAUCACCUUUCUUUCCAAAAAUUCCUCUUUUCAGCAGCAUUCCUGUCCAACCCAAGGGCGUGCUCGUUCUGCUCAGCAUUCAUCUUACAAGGCAUGAAAUGGUUGCAGAGCCCAUUAAUGGCCGAACACAUCAGUGCUUAGCACACCCUUUUGGCAGUAACAACUUCAUUGGGUUUUGUGAGACCUGAGGGGGAAGGAUUAUGGCCUAGUUAAUAUGGCUUACCAGCAGUUUGAAAGGCUGCGCUGUUGGAAGGUAGAUAAGCAAAUGAACUGUCUUUGGGGGAUGCAUCCUCUCUUAUCUGUCUUAAGAUAAUGGAGAUCUUCUGGCUUCUGUUACCAAGCAGUUCUUUUUUUUUCUUAUUUCUGUGAUGCACAGCCCUUCAUCUCCCCAUUCAUUUUGGUCCUGUCUUCAUAGAACUGUGAGCUGGCUGGCUGAUUUAGACAGAAGAGGAAUUCCAUGGUCCACUGGCCUGCACACUCCUGCUCACGCUACUCUGGUUUCAGUAUCCUGUCCUCCUGUUGCAGACAGUGAGGGUAGGGUGUUGGAGCAGUUUUUAGGGUGAGGAACCAUUUCAGCUCCCUUACUUGCCUUUCCUUAGUGCUCGCUUUACCUUCAAGGACAGACCUACACUUAGCAAAUGAAGCUUUGUCACAUUUGGCUGGUUUCUCAACCAGCUUGAGAUAGAUGGAGGUUCAUCCUGUUUCUACCAGCCCUUCUUUGAAGAUAUGCUGAGUUUGAGACAAGUAUCAUUUUGCUCUAAUUUUGGUUGGUGGCAUCUGGGAGCUUAGGCUCAGGGGUCAGAUUUUCACCACUCUCAGUGUGACCACCUAUUGCUUGAGAACAGACUGCGCUUGAGGUCUGCAGUUGUGUCUCAUACUAUGGUAGUAACAUUUGCUAGUGUUCAUCAAAGCUCACCAGAGCUUUAACUGCAGUUUUGCUUGUUGAAUCACUUUUUCAUGUCUCUUAGUUUGUACCGGAGAUAGCCUUGGUAUGCCCUUAGCCGUGAAAUGCUGUUUGUGUUACCCUCCUGUGCCAGUCAUGGACAAUAUCCCCUUAUGUUUGGCACCACGCAAAGAGGAUGAAAGAUGGUUUCUGCUGUAGAGAUCUUGCAAUCUCAGUAAAAGGCAAGAGACAAUAAGUGCGGGGAGAAAAGGACACAUCAAGACAAUGUCAGCAAAUAAAGAGCUUCUCUUCAUGAACGUGUUUAGAGAAGAGCCAAUGUUAUGACUGUCGAAAAAGAAAACUAAUCUUUCCCCCAAGGUAUGAAUAUUUCACAAUGUCUGGAAGAUCCCACUUGAUGACUCAGGAACCACCCAUCCUUUGAGGAACGCUGCCUGUGGGCCUGAGUGCUCUCUUCACUGCAGGCAGCACGCUUUCUUUGAGGAGAGAAUGAGUCCCUUGCUUCCUUCCAAGGGCAGCUCCUUUCCAGUCUGCUUUAUUAAAACUAUAAACGAUGUCAGAGCUGCAUUAUUCCUUAGCCAACGUGUGUGGGUAGUGCCUACCAAAACAGGGCCCUCACUACCAGCCGGGAUUUCUCCUUUCCACUGUGUGUGCUUGAUGGUCUCUUGAAACCUCUGUGGUGUGUGUUCUCCUCCUGGAACAAGUGUCCAGGCUGUGGCAAAGACCCAUAGAGCCUAUCACAAUACAAGAAAUAAUAUCAGGAAUUAAAUAAGCACCAGUGGAGGGAAUUCUUUUGAAUUAAUUCUGCCUCUGACAGGGCUAAAGAAAGGUUGUUAGGAUUCAAACAAGCUCUGUCUGCCACGCUGUGUUUUCUUUUCCUGGCUGAAAGGCUCAGGUCCUAUGGCAGCAGAAUGAAUUCCUGCCUGUCCUUUGAGAUGCCUUUACUGUCCAGGCUUCCUCUGGGCUCACCCUGAUGGCAACGUGGAACACAUAGGCUUGCCUCCUUGGUUCCAUUGGUCUGAUUUUCAUACGGGCAACUGGUGCUUUAGGCUAGCAGUGCAGCAUGACCUUAGCUGUCUGUAGGAAUAUUCAUCUCUGGCUUCUUUGUAUCCGUGAAGCUGCCUACACACAGCAGCUGCAGCAGUGUGGGCUCCCAUAGGGCUUAUGUAUCUGCAAGCCCCUCAAAGCUGCUUCUUCCAGGGCUGUUGGUUUCUGCUGCAUGAAGCGAAGGCUAACAGCACCAUGGCAAAUCAUGCCUCGCAAGCUCAGGCAAACAGCUUUACUUAAGUAAAAUGGGAAUUUGUAUUCUGGCAGCUAUACUGAUGACUUGGGGCUUGCAGGAGAAAUUGAGCAACUCUCCAGUGCUGACAAGGCAGAGGAAUUUCUAACAGUUGCACUUUUUUAUAUCUGUAACUAAUACGCGAGGAGCCUUGUAAAUGUCUGAGGGGAGGUGGGGGAAGGGGAGAGCCAGGGAAGGAAAAAAGAAGAAAAGCAGUGUUAUGCUGUGACUUAUGACUCAAACCAUGCAGUCAGCUGCUAGGCCCCCUGCGUGGCGCUCAGGAAUUGCUUCUCUCCUAUCAUUGAUUCACCAGACAAAGGCAUUUUCUGCAUUGCAACACACAGCCUUUGCAGACCACGUUGGUAUCCUCACAGGCAAUGGUGGCUGAAACCCUGAGCCCUGCAGGACUCCUCAAUCCGAGCUGGCAGCCAACGGGCUGCUCUUGGAUUUGCCCCUGGGAGCGCCUUGCAGUUUGUGUUCUACUUUGUGCUGGGGCCGCAUUUCACUUUGAUUACUCAUGAUUCUUGUUCUGUUUUUCUUCUUUUCCAUUUGUUCCUAGCCAUCUUGCUGGAUUUUAGUGCUGUACUCAGACUGCUGUGCUGCAGCAUGACUGGCAGUCCUGGAGGACUGGGAAAGGAGCGCAUGUGUCCGGUUAAUGCGAGGAGAAGCGCAGAUGCUGCAACUGUUCAGACACCAGAGCUGAUGACUGCAGAUCCAUUUCUGUGUGCUCUGCCUGUCCUGUAGGAGCUCAGCAUACCAGUCCGCGUGCAGAGGGAAGCUGGAAGGCUUUUGUGUGCACAUAUAAGAAGCCCCAGCUGUACUUGUCUACCCUGACAUAACAAAACAAUCAAAAGCAUCAUGUGGAGCAAACUCCUGUUUUUCUCAAGACUCACCUGUUAAGCAAUUUCCUAUGUUCAAGAGCUCUUCUUUGCCAAAUGUGGUUCUGCGGUGAGACAAGCGGCGAGGAGGACGCCGAAGUACUGACGGCCCAGAAGUUCCGGGCUGAUCUGGCCUACAGGGAACGGGAGUUUGAGAAAGCUCUGUGUGAAUACUCAAACUGCUUGCAGCACUUGCCUCCUGGUAACAUUGCCAUGAGGCGGGACGUCCAGGAGGGCCAGGCUCGCUGUUUGUCUCAAUUAGGAAGGCACAAGGAAGCUCUGGAUAUUGCAGAAAGAAUGAGAAACGGUGCCACAAACACGGAUCACUUAACGACUGUUCUCAACCUGCAGUUUGCCAUUUAUCGGGAUCUGGAAAACGUAGAAAAAAAGAUCGUGUGUCUGCAGCAGCUGAUCUGCUUACAUCCCUUCAACCCUUGGUACUGGAUGUCACUUGCUGAAGCUUAUAUGGACCUUUUGCAGGGCUUGUCUCCAUUAUGCAUUCCAGAAACAAACCUACAUUGGUCCAGAGAGGUUAGUGAUGGUAGUUUCGGAAUAUCAGCUGGAGGAGAGAUUAAUCUUCAGCCUCACAGAUCGGACUGCCAGAGCGAAGGCCCUCUGUCCUGCCCAGCUGCAGAAACAAAGAGCGAGAGCUCAGCGACCUGCAGCAGCAGCCAGGCUGUAACAGAAAUGCUCUGCACUUCAGACAACACUGGAAGGAAGGCUGAAGGGAAACAGGCAGCCUGCGAGUCCUGGGAGCCGGACUUGGCAAAGCAUGUUGGCGUAAAGGCGUGUGCCUCAUUUGUUAGAGCAAGGCUUUUACUUCAGCUUACUCAACUGCAACAGUCAUCCUUUGCUCUCGAAAAUAACAUAAAAUGUCAGAAAGAAAUUGAUGACAAAGUGGCACAGUUUGGUUUAAAUGAAAACUCCCUGCUGCAGGUGACCAAGGUGAUGGGAGCAGAUCUUAUACCAGAAAAACUAAAGGAGGAAUUUCAGGGCGAGGUAAAAUGCAUAGGCUCUUCAGCACUGUCAUCAUUGGUAACCGCAUCGGCCUCGGAGUUUGAAAUCAAAUGGUUCGAUAUUCUGCGAGAUGAUCUGUGCCACUUGGACAGGCAGUUCUCUUCAGAGACACACACCCCACCUCUGGCAACGUAGGGCUGUUGUAUUUAUUGUCACGGCUUCAGAGGAUUAUGGAAUGAUGCACGCAAAACGUUCGUGUUGUAUUUUUUACGUUUUCUUAUAGUAUGUAUUUCAAGAAAGUAAAUCUCUGCAUUUGAA